AUGGACGGGAGCAAUAACAUGGUAUAUUCCCAGUUGGUAUGUAAAGCUAUCACUCACUUUGGAGCUGAGCGGUCAAACUUAAAUUAUCAACAUGCUGGGCUGAAAUAUGUUUUCGCAGUGAUUUCUAUGAUCUGUUUAUUAGAAUUAGAAGGUGUUAAUGAACUGGAAGCGAGCACUUUUCGACCUAAAGUUUAGAAUUAGUUGCUCUGAAUUCCCGUGUGUUGACCGGAAUUAGUGGAGUGUUGUGAGCGUUUUGGUAUUUAGUAGUCAAAAUAGCGAUAAGCAACAAUUAAGCGUAAGUAUUCUGGUUGUGACGUUGUAUGCAGUAAUGUGUUUGAGAAAGGGAACGCGCUCUUACAUUUUGAAGUACAUACCAACGCAGUUUGUCAUUACCUGUCGGGAUUUUCAGUCACAGUGCGUGACUCAUCAAAUGUCGCGGAAGUCAUUCACUCAAUAGGCCAUUUUACAAUUGUGUACUUAAUUGCCAAGCCUUUGACUUGGAAUGAGCAAGGUUUGUAUCAUAACAAGGUCACCCUUAGCCUCAUUCCUGUUCAAAGGCUUGGCAACCAAGCACACCGCUGUAAACGGGAAUGACAGGAAAAAAAACGUACUGAAAACAUUCCACAUUCGUGGUUAAACAAUUGCAUGAAUAUUUAAUUAGAUUUUUGUCGAUUUGGCGUGACUCAGCAGAAUGUGUUCUUCGAAUAAAGCCGACCAAUGCAGUAUGCGCUCCAUCUUACGUUAAGCUCACUGAUUCGGCUGUCAGUGGAAUGAAAGGUGUGAGUUGUGAAUCACGUUUGAGGCAUUGUGUUGCGGAUGUAACGUAUUUCUUCGAAUAAGCACCUGGACGCUAAUUUAAACUUUCGGCUUAAAGUGCCCAUGACAGGAAAUCUUUUUUGUGUGUAAAUAUUUAGCUUAUCAUGUGUACAAACCAAUUCCGACAGAAGAAAGAUUUAAAAAAACUUAAAACUCGUAAGUGCCCUUUAUUGUCUUAAGAGUGUCCCACGGACUGGUAACGAAUUAGCGGGCGAUGACGUAGAAACUUAACACUUACAAAUCUCUCGCAUCUCUUGUAAUUUUGUAUCGGUCAGCGUUGAAAUACUCUUGAAAUAAUGUCCGAUAGCGAUGUAUUCCUAACUUAUGCAAGCUCUACCGAGAGUUUAGAUACAUCGUACUCAAGUAGAUUCAGCCCUACGAAGGAGAAUUGCGUGCUACUAGACGGUUUCUCGCGUGCGGUUUUCAGGUCAAGAUUUGAAGAAAAAACUCCCGUUACUGAAUGUUUAGUUUGUUGCGUUUGUGUUUUGUUUUCUAUGAUGAAAUCUAUGUUAAGAAUGGGUAGCUGUGUUCGUUUUUGUUGACAUAACAUUUUAUUCCUUCGCGCUAAGCGCGGGGAAGGUUCCCCCUGGUCAGUGCUCUAGAGUUUCGUUGCUCCUUUCCUCAAAGAUUGCAAAGGCUGAGGCUGUCGUCGUCAAGCCGGUCAAACGGAAAACGAGCGAAUUUAUUUAAAAUAGAGAUUUUAAUGGAGAAAAUUUCCUUAGUUUAAGUGCAGCAUUGUCGUAUGACCCAUUUCGCUCAAUGGCAAAUAACUGAUAUCGGUAUUAUAAAUUAGUAUUUCCUAUGCAUCAGCUUUCACACAGCGCUCAGAUUCGCUACCAUCGAAUUCAGUUAAUUUUUUUGUUUCUUUAUUUUUCUCGUUGGAAUGCUGUUAUCACAUUGACUGCUAUUGUUGCUACUUUUAGUUUCUUGAGGGCAGGGGGGAAUUGAUAGCUCGUGGGAUUUAUUUUCUGAGAAUACACGGCCCCUUCGAGCCUGUGUUUAUGCCAGUAUCCGCCAGAAGUUUCGCACUAUUCACGCAACAGGAUAUCGGCCAGUUCAGGAGAGGGCUUGAAAUUUAUCACAAAUAAAGUAUUUCUGGUAACAAAGUACGAUGAAAACUAUAACUGAUAGGAUUUUCAUACGAUAAGAAAAGUGCAAACUGAAUGUAGUUGUGUGGAAAGACAAGGAGUAUGAGUACAUCUCAAGCGCGUGAAAUAAACCUGAACAAUAAGGAGCUCACCAUUCUUCGCUUGCGACAUGUCAGCCAAAAAUAAUGUUGAACAAUCGUUUACGGUGUGGGAACAGGCUCCUUAAUCAGCAUUCUUUUAAGCUAAAUGCUUUAGUUAUCUUCCCCUAAUUUGUCUAGUGGUAUGUGUUCGUAACAGCCGCCUUCAGAGCCGGUUCGGAGCAUAAGGCCGACGACAUUGAAGAGUAAAAUCUCCUCGAUGUCAACGAUCGAAACGCGUCCAUUUGGCCAUACAGCUACAUCCUUUUGAAAGCAGUGUAUAGAAAUACCCGGUAUAUGUGUAUUAUUCUUGUAGCUAACAUCAUUUGGCGCUCCGGCCACGCAAUACGCUCGUCUUAUCUUCUUGAUUUCUCCUUUCUCCACCAUAGUUGCCGACGUGUCUUCACAGUUUCUACGUCACAACCAUGUAACAUGAUCGUUUUGGCCGCGCGCUUAAUGGGGACACUUUUUGGCCGCCAAAUCGUACUUUCAAUGCACCAAAAAAAUUGGCCAAGGAGAACUCGCCAGGCGCUUAAAUCGAUUAUUUCUAAUUAUGAAUAUAGCUAUCAACCGAAAAGAAGCAAAACAAAAUUCCGUAUCAUAGGCACUUUAAAGGAGAGGCGCUUCUUGGAAGGAGGAGGGGUGUUUAUUGCUCUCCUGUAUUGAUUUUGCCGUAAUUGAAGCUUAAAAAGUUAAAAAAAAAUAAGUGGCGAUAGAAACAGGUUUUCCUUCUAUCCCUACUUUAUAAGGAAGUGAGGGAGAAGGGGGGCGCUUAUUCGAGAGGGGCGCUUGUUUUACAUCAUGGCUGAGGGGGUUGGGCGUUUCUUCGGGGAAGGGCGCUUAUUAGAGCGUCGACGUUUAUUCGAGAAUACUGUGUAUGCAUAAUCUUGAUUAAAUGUCACAGAAGCUCUUACGUCCUACGGUCGCUGUCUGCCAACUUGAAUCAAAGCUAAAAAAUUAAUCGUUUUCCUGUCUGGAAUUAAUAAACCCCAAGUAGUAUCUUGAAACCUUAACGGCUUUGGUAUUAUUUCAGAUGACAUUGCGAUCACUGGCUUUCCAGGCCACAACGGCCACAAAUAAACCCAGUGGACUGAGCUUACUCCAUGCUGCGUGUUUAGAAGAUGAUUUAGAAACUGUUCAAAUAAUCACAAACUACAGUCCUGGUAAACUAGACAAUGCUAUCGCUUUAACUAUCAACACAGAGAGUCACGGGUCUCACCCAGGAAGAAAUGCACUAGAAUUAAGAGGUUCAUCCCAGAGAGACAAAAACGCGAGAAUAAACGCGAUUCUGGGCCCCAUAUAUCUUGAAUUUCAGUCCAAGUCGCUGCUGCAUAUCGCUGCCAGAAGAGGAAAGGUGGAACACCUCAAGAGACUUCUGGACAUUGGUUCAGACCCAAAUGAAUUGUCACGCGACACUAAUCAAGUCACGCCAUUGAUGUUAGCAGUUGCGCGCAACACUACAGCUUUCACAGAGCUUCUUCUAAAUAAGGGAGCCGAUGUAAAUGCUAAAGAUAAACAUGAAAUGAGUCCACUUCAUUAUGCUGCUGUCAACGGCCGAUCCAAGACUAUUCUGUUGUUAAUAGAAGCUGGUUGUGGUGUGAGUGAUGUUAAUGAUCGAGGGAUGACGUCAUUGCAUUUUGCCGCCCAAAAUGGACACACCAAAACAGUUGCGAUCCUUAUUGAACAUGGCGCUGACUUCCAUUCAAGAUCAUCCAGCGGUCAUACACCACUUAUGUUGGCGACGGCGAAAGGAAAUUACGAAACAGUCGAGUUUCUUCUGGCUCAGGGUGGUAGUGUUCAUACUACAGAUCCAAUGGGAUUUACUGCACUUCACCUAGCUGCUGAUAAAGGUUACACUAACCUAGUUCACCUUCUUAUUCGAAGGGGAAGUAAUGUGGACGCAAGAGCCUCGGGAAAAACACCUUUGUUUCAAUCCUCAUUUAAAAAUCACAGAGAAACUACCGAGCUGUUGCUUCGCUAUGGUAGCGACGUCAACGCGCAUGACAUAUUUGGAAGAACUGCUUUGCAUUACGCCGCCCUAGAAGGACAAGUUGCCAUGGUGAAGCUGUUGAUUGAAAGGGGGGCGAACGUGCACGCACGUGACCACGAGGGUCAGACAUCAUUGUUUAUGUCCGUAAUCUACAAUCAAAAAGAUUGCGCCAUUCUAUUGCUGGAGCAGGGGGCCCACGUCGAUGAAAAUGACAAUAAUAACAAGACCCCGCUACACUUUGCCGCCCAGGAAGGCCAUUCAGAAAUCGCUGAGUUAUUGAUACAAAACGGCAGCGACCUUAAUGCUGAAGAAGUCACAGGUGACCGACCUUUGUCACUUGCAGUUGCAUACUGUAGUGAUGACGUAGUAGAGCUCCUAUUAAGUCAUGGAGCUGAACUAAACGCCGCCAACGACAGCCUGUUGACUCCUUUACAUAUUGCAGCCCAGAAUGGCAAAACUAGCCUUGCUGAAGUGUUACUACAGCGAGGUGCUCAGCGUGAGGCUAAAGACUGUGAUGAUCAGACACCACUGCACAUAGCCUGCUCAUAUGGAGAUAAUCAUAUAAACAUGGCGGAAAUGUUAGUGCGUUAUGGAAGUGACGUCAAUGCUCGAGAUGGUGCUAAACGUACGGCGCUUUGUUUAGCUGUAAGUGAAGGACAUUUUCAAAUUGCUUCUUUGUUGCUAAACCAAGGUGCUGAUGUGAACUUAAUUGACGGAGAAGGUUACACAGCACUUCACAACGUGUACAUCAAUCUCCACACCUUCCUUGGAAAUGAACGCAUGACCUUCGCCAUGACAAAAUUGCUGUUUGAAUUUGGAAGUAAAGUAGGCGACAUAGAUCCACAAGGAAGAACAGAACUGCAUAUGGCGGCCCAAAGCUCUUCAGUUAAACUUGUACAACAGCUUCUUGAUUAUGGCAGUAAAGUAAACGCGAUAGACAUCGAAGGUUGUACGCCAUUAAUGCGAGCCAUUAAAUUCUCUCGUAGGCCUGAUCUUGUUGUAAGACUUUUACUCGAUAAUGAUGCGAACAUUGUAGUAAAAGACAAGCUCGGUCGCUCAGCUUUGCAUUAUUCGGCCGGGCUUAAGGGAAACCGUAAGAUUUCUCAGGCACUGAUUCACAAAGGCGCUGAUAUUCACGCCGUUGACAUCCAUGGCAACACAGCACUUCAUCUGGCUGCUAACAAUCGUAACACACACACUGCAGAGCUUCUGUUACAAAAUGGCUGUGAUAUAACCACGUGUAACAAGCGAAAGGAGAGUGUCAUUCACAAAGCAAUCACCGCCAAAUGUGAAUGCACACACGGCUGUAGAAAAUGCGUCUGGAAAUAUCAUACUGUCGCGCUAUUGGUCGAGAAGGGUUGUGACGUCAAGAAAACUGACAUUGAUGGUAACAGCGCACUGCAUUUGAUGGCUGAAUGGAUCACGGAUCCCACUACGGUCAGACUGUUGCUGAGAAACGGAGUAGAUGUUCGCGCAAGGAAUAAUCAGGGAAGCACCCCUCUACACCUCAUCUGCGCUGUGAAGUGUGAACGCUCAAGAGCAAAGUGAGUGACAUCUUUCUUAUAUUUUUCUCAACUCUCAGUUGCUUGUCUAUUGGAUAAAGAGGUAUGUCUCUGAAAAAACUGUGGUGCUGCGUCGGGGGGAGAGUAUAACAAGGUAGUUUGGUGUUAUCAACUGAGUUGAUAACAUAAAUUGGCUAAGGUCGAUGAUUUCAAAUUUUACAUAGAGCUAUCAACUAGAAAACGCAAAAGAAAAUCGUGUCAAAGGCAAAUUAAGAGUUUCGAAGCCGACGUUUCGAGCGUUAGCCCUUCGCCAAAGCGAAAGGAGGAAUUGUGGAUUGUGUUUGUGUUUGUAGGCAGAGAAUGGAGCUACGCUAUUGGUUAGAACAUGGUAACGAGAAAAAUAAGAAUAGAUUAGAAUAAGAGAGAAGGUAAGUUUUGUGCUCGGUAAAGACAUAGAGGAGGAUGUUUUUCGUCUUGUCACGAGCGUGGGACCUCAGACCUUCGGAUUCCGCGCUUCGAUGCUAUACCACUGAGCCACAGAGACUCUACGGUGAGCGAGCUCUAUUAAGAAAUUCUGAGGCCUGAGGUUCGGUUCCUCAUGGGCACUCAGAAUUUUUUCUUCGUCCCACGCUCGUGACAAGACGAAAAACGUCUUUCUCCAAGAAUAAAUUAGUUGAAUGAAAAGCGUUCGUUGAUACCGUGGGGAUUCCGAGUGCCGAUUUGAAAGAUCAAUUUUUGGUCUAGUUUUGUGGCUUUCCGAACUGUCUUGAUUUAGGGAGAGGCCGCCAACUGCCAUAUGCUACUUAGAAUGAUUAGGGAGAUAAAGUGUUUGGCGACUGAUUUGGAUACGUCUUUUUUAUUCUACGUCGCGAAGGUGUUCUCGGAAUCGGUCCGCCUGGUCGUCUUUCUGUUUCAUUUAUGUAAAACUUUUUUCUAUAACUGCAAGGUGUACGUGAAGUGAUCAGUGAUCUGAAUGGUCUCUUGGGACCCAACAUUUUCUCUAUGUAAUGAAUGAAAGGUCAGGUUUUGUAUCGUGCGCAAGCACAUUUAAGAGUUCCAGUUAGGACACUUGUUUGCAAUUAACUUUUGACCCCAAAGUUGCCUGUUUUUGUCGCGUUUGAAUGGAAUUAGUGGAGGUUGCGAAAAGAUAGUGCCAGUGUCUGAAUCAUUUUGAAGAAAUUCAAGGUUAUUAGGAAUGAAAAAUUUAUCUGCGAGGUUGUGAGGGUGAAACGUGAGUGAGUAGAAUGGGCUCGGUAUUUUCCUUCUUUGCUUUUUGAAGUGCUGACCAUUAAAGUUGCAAGAGUUCGCAUAUUUAUCAGUCUGGUUACUGAACCUAGAGAUCAAGCAAAAGGAAACGUGGAUUGUGAAAGUUAAAAGAGGUGCUGCUUAACAAUAAUGCUUUUUUUCUUGCUUCAAAUUGGAAUUAUGCUGUUUAGACCAGAGGUUUCCCGGUGACAAUAAAUUGGAAAUAUGAAAUAUGCUGCACAUAAGGAAUACUUUGAAACAGAGCUUUCCCAUUUAUCCCUAAAUAACAAAGGGGAGGUAGAAAGGUCUCGCAAAAAAGAAUCAUAAAAUCAUAAUGCAGCCCCUAGAUGUCACUAACGUUUUUGUUACAAUAUCACUAACAUUGUUAAGUAAGGGUAUGUGUUGCUUUUCGAACACCUCAGGUUCACCAGGUCACGCUGGACAUGUGACACAUCAGAACUGUUCAUUAGACAUGGCUGUGAUAUCCGGUCAGUGGAUAAUGAAGGUAACACCCCACUUCACCGGACAGCGGAGUCAGACAGAGAUGACAUUGCAAAUAUCCUGCUGGAUCGUGGUGCUGAUGUAGAAGCGUUAGAUUGGCAAGCCAGUACUCCUUUGCAUGUCGCUGCGGCUUGUAAUGCAAUCACGGUGGCAACGCUCUUGGUUAAACACGGUAGCAAUAUGAAAGCUUUGGAUAGCGAAGGAAGGCGGCCCUUGGAUAUCGCUUACAAGUGUGGUAACCAUGAAAUCGUACAUCUCAUGGAACAAGCGAUGCAGAAUGGCGAUAGAUGACGUGGAAAUUCAGUUUUCUAGUAAGGCUAGCCUGGAGUUCGUUGUUUGUUUGUUUUUCGAAACACUGAACAAUGGAACGAAUUCAACCUAUGAACAUGAAGCAUAAUAUUUCCGCAAGGAGAUGGAUAGCUUGCCAUUAGGCAUCCAUCAUAAUUUUCAGCGCGGAAAGGACGCAGAAAACCUACGCCAACGUUGCUUUUCACUUGGUUAAGAAGAGCUUCAAAUGCUGUCGAUUUGGCUGGGAUUUACUGGUUCCAGAUUCGGAGGAAAACCCUGACCUACAUUCGUGAGAUAAGACAUUAAGUCGCAUGGAGUAAAAUGGAAAACCUAUUAUUAAAUCCUCCUUAAGACCUGUCGGUAUGAAGUAUCUUAAAUGCAACUUCCAUUAUUUUUUAUAUUUUUUUAUAGCCCUCUAGUGCUAUC